ACAAUCUGCUUCAUCUUGAUUCGUCAUCAUUCCAGGAUAGUGGUGUCCUUGGGGCUCUCUCUUAACAUUGAUAUGAUACAGAAGAUUUAAAAUCAGCUGAUGUUCACAAGGAACAGAGUCACGUGAUGUAUGAAGGCAAACACAUACACUUCUCUGAGGUUGACAAUAAGCCCUUGUGCUCAUACAGCCCCAAACUGUGCAAGCAGAGGCGACUCAACGGCUACGCCUUCUGCAUCAGACACGUUCUGGAGGACAAGACUGCACCCUUCAAGCAAUGUGAAUAUGUGGCCAAGUAUAACAGCCAACGCUGCACCAACCCCAUCCCCAAAUCUGAGGACCGUAGGUACUGCAACAGCCACCUGCAGGUACUUGGCUUUAUACCGAAAAAGGAGAGGAAGAAAAAGAAUGAUCCCAUAGAGGAGGUAAAGGUCAGGCAUCAGAUGGAUGCUAUGGCCUUCAGUCUGACAGUGCCCACCCUGGCCUUGAAGAUGCCCAAUGGAUUGGAUGGGAUGUCCCUCUCCCCUCCAGGGGCUAGGCUUCCUCUCCACUACCUGGAGGCAGAAUUAGAAGACCCCUUUGCUUUCAACGAGGAGGAUGAUGACCUAAAGAAAGGGGCGACGGUGAGGAAAAAGUUGCAGAGCAAGUUGGCUCAAAACCGGCAGCGCCAGAGAGAGACAGAGAUUUUAAAAGUUCGUCAAGAGCACUUUAGCCCCCUUCCUGCACCUUUGCAGCAGCAGCCUCUGCAGCAGCAGCAGCAGCACUCCCAUCUGCCACCUUCAGCAGCUUCGUUAAAGCCGACAGGGCUACCGCAGGGCAUCGUCUGCAAGUCACCUCAACCUCCCAACACCAGCCUACCAAUGCAGGGAGUGGCACCCACCACACACACUAUAGCACAAGCCCGGCAGUUGUCUACCAAGAGACCUCUGCCUCUCCUGCCACCCACAAGGGCUCCUGCCAUGGACCCUCCAAGGACUGAUCGAGUCCUCAUGAAAGCCACAGCCUUCUCUCCGCACUCGUCCUGCAUGAGCCGGCUACAGAGACUGGUGAAACUGUGCACUCGAAAGCAGCAACUGGACACUGACCUCUUUCCACAUUUAGGGCUGGAUUGGUCUGAAGACAGUGGAGAAGAGUUGGAAGACUCAGAGCAAACCUCCCCUUACCAGGUUGCGUGGGCUGUCCGAGAAAGCCUCGGCUACGAGAGGCAUGAGUCCGAGGACGACGGCGCAGAGGACAGGAGCUCCAGGGUGACCAGACUUUGCACUUACUUCCAGCAGAAGUACAAGCAGCUGUGCCGGCUGGAGCGGGCGGAGGCGCGGCAGCAGAGGUGCCGGCGCACGCUGCGCAGAGCCCUGCUGCAGGCUGCCAGCAGGGAGCCCGAGCGGGCCGGCCAGCUGCUC